AGCUGCUGGCUGUUCUGUUGGAGGUUAAGAUGAGCCCAGAACCUUUGAGGAAACUUGGUCAUGCUGCUGCUUCUGGGGAAAAAAGAUCUAAGAGGAAGCUGAAGAGAAAGGAAGCCUUUUCAGUCUAUAUUUACAAAGUACUGAAGCAGGUGCACCCCGACCUCGCCAUCUCCUCCAAGGCCAUGAGCAUCAUGAACUCCUUUGUGAACGACAUGCUGGAGCGGCUGGCGGCGGAGGCCUCGCGCCUGGCGCGCUACGGGCGCCGCGCCACGCUGAGCAGCCGCGAGGUGCAGGCGGCCGUGCGCCUGCUGCUGCCCGGGGAGCUGGCCAGGCACGCCGUCUCCGAGGGCACCAAGGCCGUCACCAAGUACACCAGCAGCAAGUGACCGCCCGGGCCCCGGGAGACCAGCCCUGCAGGACGAGUGCUUGGUCUCACUCAGCUGAAAAAGCAAAGCCUCAUGUUGUCUGCCUGUGAAUAAAAAAUGCAUAGAUAUACAGAUCGUGUCUUUGAUCUUUGCAUCACAAAUUGUGAGGCAGUUUAAACUGUGGCCAUGGGG